UGUUUUUCUUUUUAAACAGUCUUUGUCAUUAAAUAAUAGUGUUCACGUUCAAUAAUUUGAAAUAAUCGAUCUCCAAUAAAUGUCAAGACCAUACGCAGGAAAUGAAGGCCUCAAAUGAAGAGAGAAUGAACUGCUUAUGAAAAUUCUCCUCCAGCAAAGAAUACAGCAUGGUAAGGAAGGACCUUUAGCUAGAAGUGCUACUUGAUCUACAUCACUUUUUUUUUUUUCUUUUUGGAGAUCUCUUCUCUCUACAGACCUAGUCUUGCCAUAUCAUGUUUCUGAUCUCAGUAUGUGUGUUGAAACACAUCAAAUCAGUUGUGUGAACUUUCAAGCAUCUGUUUUCUCUUUCACUUUCUCAUUCACACCAUGGAAGAAAAAUGGACUGAAUUGCUAAGUACUAAUCAACUUAUUUUUUAAAGCAGAAGAUGAAUUUGUCAGAGCAAAAGCCAAGAAAGCCAACACUGUGCUAAAGCAGACAAAAUCGUGCCAUGGAUUAUGAGCACAUUAGUGUUGUAGAACGCCAGAAAAUCCUGUCUCGCUUAGAAUUGAACUAAAUGUACCAGAACUCAAUUAGUUGAAUUCUUCUUCAACAGUUAACUAUCCCAAAACACAAAUCCUGAAAGCAGGCAGAGGAGGGAGAGUAGCCAAUCCAUUGAAAGUGGAGGUGAGUGUAAUAUACAGCCAGGUUUGUUUAUGCUAGCUGAGCUUCUGUGCUAGUGCAUUUUCACUAUAAAACUUUUUCUUCUUUCAGAAUAGGUGAAAAGAUUCUGAUCCCAGUUUUCAUGGGAGAGACAAAGUUGUCACGGAUUGGCAUUAAGUUUGGUUGACAGCAACACUUUAAAGAGAAAAGCAUCCAUGAGCACUCUGGUUUUGAUCAGCACACAUCUUCCUGGCAAUGCCACACUGCGUGCUCAUAUAGCACUCCUUGGCUGUUUUCAUGGUUGCCACCUCUUACAUUAUUAUCCAAGGAAUGUUUGAUCCUGAUCACUGCACCAAGGCUACCUACAAAGUAAUUACAAAGGCAUAGUCCACCAAUUAAAAGGCUGCCUUCUGUCAAGUGCUGCUAAUCAUGCAUUAACUUCAGCUGGAACAGCAGCUAUUUUUAACGUCAUGCAUAAUUGCACAUGUUUGGCUUAGAGUUGUUUGCUGUCCUAACAGGCAGGAGAAUGUCUGAAUUCUUGAUACCUUGGAAAGCCCCUGCUGCAGAGAAAGCUAGCUUCUCCCUUAUUGAGAGUCAUCAUGCUUGUUGCUUUUUACAUCCAUCCUGAGUAGCUUUAAAAGGCCAUGAAGGAAGUAAAGCUGUGGAAAACCAAAGCUACUUAGGCAAAAGUUCACACCUGGAAGGAAAAUCCCACCAAAACUUCUUCAACAGAGGAAGAGAGCAAGUAUCUUUUAGUAACAUACUGGAGGAAGCAGUAACUGCAGUAGAAAAGAAUAGAUGUGUAACGUACAGCUAGGCUCAUGUUCUUUUACUUGGUGGAAGAAAAAAAACAAACAGUAGAUUCAAGAAAUAAACUUCUCUUGAUUAUUGAUGAUAGGCAAGACCUCAUAAUCUAUUUGGUGUUUAGUCUCCUAGUGAUUGUAUUGGUAGAACCUGCCAGUGCAUUCCUAGGCCUUUAGCAGCUGUACUUUUAAGUACCUCUGAGUUACUGUAAGAUACUUGCCCUACAUCUUGCAUCAGACAGAUUCCCCUUUUUCCUUUAUCAGGACUUUUAUGGCUGUAUAAUGAACAGUCAGGCCUCACUGGCUGCCACUACUGCAUUAGGGACAUCACUAAGGGCCAUCAUGACAUCCUAUGGGCUGGAGGCUGAAGAUCUAGGGAGACAAACUGCAGGGAGCAGCCUGAAACCAGCAAGGACAAUUAGGUCCAGCAUGACAGCCAGCCCUAGGGAGGGGGCUCGAGGAUGUUACGGUAUGGCUGCAGUGACGAGAGCUGCUGUCAGCACCUGCUCCAGCCCAUCUCCCAGCCGCCUUGUGACUGCUGUGGCUGCUGGCGGCACUCCAGUGCCCAGCACGCUGCCUCUAUCUGCUGGGAGCAGGUCAUUUCCCCAGCUCUCAUAUGUCUGGGGAGGAAGUAUUGGGUCCCUCAGGCUCCCCAGGAUCUGGGACAUGCAUGGAGGAGGUCCCCUCACUUAAGGAGCUGGAGCAGCUCCUGAACACUGGGCGGCCUUCUUGUAACCACGUUGAUGAAGUGUGGCCUAAUCUCUUCUUGGGAGACCUAGUAACAGCUCACAACAGAUUUGUUUUGUGGAAGAUGGGUGUUACCCAUGUUUUAAAUGCUGCCCACGGCACAGCAUACAGCCACGGAGGCCAGGACUUCUAUGGAGCUACCAUUGAUUAUUAUGGUGUGCCAGCACAUGACCUCCCCAGCUUUGACAUAAGCCAGUUCUUUUUCUCUGCGGCAGAAUUUAUCCACAAAGCCCUGAGUACACCAGGAGCUAAAAUUUUGGUACAUUGCGCAGUUGGAGUAAGCAGGUCAGCAUCUCUAGUCCUAGCAUAUCUCAUGAUAAAUCACCACCUGCCGUUGAUUGAAGCCAUCAGAACAGUGAAGGAGCAUCGAUGGAUUUCACCCAAUCGUGGCUUUCUGAAACACCUGCGAAAUUUGGACGUUCAGCUACGGCAGAAGAAGGGCUGCUGAAAGGGCAAAACCUUUACAUAUGCUCUUCUGAGUUUCAGCUUUGAAAACCACUGUGCAUAUACUACUUCCCAGGAACAGUACAUAUUAAAGAAAAUGAAGAAAGCUAUGCAUCAAAGUAAAACAACAAACAAAACCAAACAGAACUGUCAGUGGGUGCAUUCUGGCAGCUGACUUCCUCCAAGACGAGCACUGCCAGAAUCAGCCCCUAAGCACUACCUGCUACAGAGCAGUUGUGCGCACUGUGAUCAUACCAGAGGGCUUCACUGGAGCUGUGAAGAUGACUGAAGUUGUUCUUGAUCUGUGCUAAUGCCAGAGGCAAGUUCAAUAAUUGCAUCUAACAGUACUGUAUGCUUGAGUCCCCUUUUCUCAGGACUGUGACAACACCAUCUUCUUCAGUUUGGUUACAGUUUUCAUGAGAAAAGCUUGUUGCAUUGCAGGCCUGGUGAUGUGAUGAGGACAAUUUCUUAGGUCCUUGUGCUCUGCUGCAUACACCUUUGUCUUUUAUGAGUCUCUUAAAUAUUAUGCUGCCACAGAGACCUGUGACAUAUCAGUGGAAUGAACUUCCUCUGCUCAGCUCUCUGUGUGGUCUCAGGGUCAGCAAACCCACAAGUUUUUCUUAUGUAAAUAUGUUGACACCAAUGUACUUUAUAUGAUGUUGUAUAUUGAGGAUAUUGAAAAAGAAGACAGAUUUUUAAGAUACUUUGUAAGUGUAAACUCAUCAGUUCUGCGUAAGUGGCUUUGAAUCACCUCUGUUUAAUCAGGUAGGAAACCUAGGCAUUCAUCAUUACCGGGGAGCUACUGGCAUAUGUUUUCCUGUGUUUGCAAGCUCUUGCCCACAAUAAAUGUAGAUUGCUUUAAGGGUCUUUUGGAGGUCAAAUUCAUGAAAGAAGUAGUAAGGCUUUAAGCUAAUAAAGCACUUACUUUGCACCAUCCCUCUGCUCCUUACCCCUCAAUCUGCAAGCAGGCUGCUGAGCCCCACUCUCAGUGACUGCAUCUGUGCCCCAGCAACUUGAACCUGAGCAAAGACAUCGCCCCCCAUUGCCUGUCCUCCUGCUUGUAUUCGGUUCCUUACAGCUUCCCAAGUUUAAGCUGAAACAUAAGCUGAUCUAUCUGAUCUCUUCCUUCUCAAAGGAUUAGUCCAGAGCCUGGAAGGAAAAAAGCAUCAAAGAUUCAGGAAGUCCAAGUGUUACUUUCCAUCCACCUCUGAAUAAGGAUGCUGACUCCUUAUUACAGUGUCUUGUCUAUGUUCCAAAUUUCAAAACUUCAAUUAAAAAUAAGCCUAAAACCCAGACAGUCCGAUCCCUUCCUGCUUAAACACGCUUUAUUUGAUUUAAGUUCAUCUUGUAUUACUGUUUUUUAAAUUCAGCAGGGAACCGUGUUAGCUUAAGUCAAUAGCUAGACUUAAUUGAUACAAGUUAGUUUUAAGCUGUUUUGAGGCUGUCACUUUUCCUAUCGCCAGUUAAUCAGUUACUUAAGCAACUUGAUUUUUAAUACAGGAACAGCAUUUGCAAUUCAAGCUCCCAUUCUAUCUGAAAAUUACCUUGUUACCUUGUGGUGAACCGUGAAG